GAUGGACGAAUGAGUACUAGCGUAAUUUGACUUAAAUUCGCUCAGCCCUCGCACACCAUUCUCCGCAUCCUCUUUCUUCUCCAAAAAUCAAUUUCUUAAUCAAGAAGAACAAUCUUCCACACCUCCAACUUUUGUUAAUACGGAACAAGCUAUCAAGUUCAACAGAAAUCAUACACUUGCGACCAAGUCUUUCUCUGCCUUCCAUCCUAGCAACACCUAUUUUGUCUUACUGUAUCAGAUCAACUGUGCUCAGUCCAGAUCUUUUCUUGAGAGACCACUAUCUAAGAGAAACAAUACAUCAUGAGUGAUACCCGUCAAAACUCUGGAUCAAAUGCUCACAGGGCUACCGGCACACCCAGUAUCCGACAAAACAGUCAAAGAACCCAAACAGGUAUUGCACUCACAACACAGGUUGCAAAUACAACGCAGUCAGAAUCUUUUGAGCUUUUCGGAUCUUUGCCCUUCGAAUUGAAAGCAAAGACUUGGAACAUCGCCACCCGAGAAGUUCCUCGUCUCGUCGAGAUAACACCACGAGGAAAUUUUCAAGGCCACACACCUGCGCUAUUGGGAGUCAGCCAUAUCGCGAAAAGGCCUUGGAAGCUUAUGAUACCUUGCGACCAGGAUCUCCACAGCCUGUCUACUUCAAUCCUAGAAAUGAUACUCUUGUAUUCAAUAUUGUUACUGUUGAAGAUCCUUUUCCACAUGGAUAUCCAUCUUUUGGCAUCAUUGGCUCUCCUCCAAUUCCAAGCAACUUUAACCUUGGAGAAAUCAAGUCGUUUGCAUUCAAGAUAGAUGGACACAUAUUUUAUCAUGAAUACCGCGGCUCCGAUUACACUCUGUAGUUAUGAGCACGGAAAGAAUCAACUGAUCAGGUGUCUGGACCAUAUAUGAUAGUCUCAUCGACAUUUUACCCAUUUGGUAUCUUGCCAAGCACGCUUGGUUCCAGAAGCAUAUCUUGUUGAUCAUCAUGGCGUAAUUAGUUCCAGAACUCCGGCAGAAGAUUAGAUUCUCAUCCAAUACCAUUCAACUCCAAGAAGAUUCAUCAAUUCAUUCCAAACUUUCCAUGACACAUCAUACCUAGUUCGACAGUGUGCCAUUUGUUAUUGAUUCUCAAUCGCCAUAGUCCCCUCCUCUCUCUCAAAACGAGUGGUAAUACCUCGUUAUUUCCGUCCUAGGCCGGCAAAUUGUUUCAUCUUGGAUCCACCACGGCAACUCUCUCCUCUCAUCGACUUUCAAAAUUGUUUUCAGUCUACGGCAAUUUAGAUUCACACGAGCAUCAUAAACUCACUAGGCAAAUUGAGUACUGACAUGGCAAUCUGGGAGUUUCGAAACAAAAUUGCAGGCAGCGGAGGAUAUUCAGACAGUAUUUCUAGAAAGUUUCAGUGGGAGGAAAGCAUGGCUGAUGGGACUCUCAAAACCACCGGCUUAGUCAUCUACCUGUUUGUCCUGGAUUGACCUUACUACAACAUAACAUCUUUGUCGCUUCGACGACAUGUACCAGAAGUUUUACUUUCCUUGCUCUUUUUUUUCAAUUCUAGACAUUUUUGUUCAGAGAACUUUUCUUUAUUGUGCAAUUCUAUGGUGCUAGAGGACAACAGCUUAAUCGUCCUGUAACUUUCAAGCUACACAUCACAAAGCACAGCGGUUCGGAAACGAAAGAGCUUUAGCAUCUCUUUCUAUUCUUUCUUUUUAUUUCAUAGGUCUCAAAUAAGCUUUGAAUCGAAAUCAUGCUUUCAAUUGUGCA